AUGGCUUUGGAUUGUCUUCAUCGAGUUUUAAGGUUUUACUUGAGUGUCCAUGCGGCAAAUCAAGCCCAAAAUCGUAUAUGGGAUUAUCUAGACAGCGUAACAUUACAACUUUUAGCAGUUCUAAGGAAAGGAUUGCUUACUCAGGACGUUCAGCAUGAUAAACUUGUUGAAUUCUGUCAAGAUUCCCAACGGAGGCAGAAAGUUUGGAAGGUUUCUACCACUGCUGGUGCCAGGCGUGUAAAGAAGUCAUCGCUCCUUGAAGAUUCUGCUCCAAGCAGUCACUCGAUAAAGGAGACCGAGGCCCCAUCUAAAUCUGGCAUAUCUGCAAUGCUAUUUCGCGCAACAAGUCAGCCUCCUGUCCAAAACAGAUCCCACAUCAAAUGCUUCAAGAAAAGACCAGCUCAUCCUUCAAUAAAGCCAAGUCUUGCGCGAUGCCUAACCUGCAAAGACAACACUGAAGCUGGUCAAGACAACAUUGCUCCCUCAAAGCAAUCUCUUCCUCCGCCUAAAUUCGUUGAUUCUCAAUCUGUUCUCAGAAGGUUGCAGUCUGAACUGAUGGCUUUGAUGAUGGGUGGAGAUUCUGGUAUAUCUGCAUUCCCUAAGGAGGAUAAUAUAUUGUGUUGGAAAGAAACAAUAACAGGAAGCAAAGAAGCUGUAUUUGAGGGAACAGAAUAUAAACUCUCCCUUUCAUUUCCCAAUGAGUACCCUUUUAAGGCUCCCAAGGUCACAUUUGAUAUCACCUGCUUCCACCCCAAUGUAGAUUUGCAUGGCAAUAUUUGCUUAGAUAUUCUUCAGGAUAAAUGGUCAUCUGCCUAUGAUGUAAGAACCAUUCUUCUAUCAAUUCAAAGCCUGCUAGGAGAGCCAAACAUUAGCUCGCCGGUGAAUCCACAAGCUGCACAGCUUUGGAGCAAUCAAGAAGAAUAACAGGAAUAAGAAAAACAAA